AUGCGCUCAGCGCUGGCGCUCUCGGCGGCGCUGCUGCUCCUGCUGCCACCGCCGUCGCUCUUCGACAAUGCAAUAGUGCCUACUGUACAAGAAACACAACAGAAUUCCAGCCAGAAGCCAGUCUUCCCUGUGAACUCUUCUUCUGAGGCAGUGUCACAACAGCACACAAGUGUGGCACCGGGAACUAUGGCCAGCACUCCUGUUAGGACACCCACGAGAACCAGCCCCAAGUUGGCUUCCACUGCUCCCGAAAGCCCCAGCACAACUUCUCCCACCUCGGCUUUUGGGAAGAACAAGAUUAAAAGGCUGGGCACCCAGGACACGGCUUUGGAACUGGCCCAGCUUGCCAUGAACUUUGUUUCUGGGUCACUCACCCAGGGGGAGGGGAUGGUCAAAGAUUCCCUGGCUUUUAACCUGAACCUUAAUCUCAGUGGCUUCUUUCAGAUAAGCUGCGGUUCUCCUGAAAAACCGAAUGAGGACCUGCUUAUCCUGAACUUCACAAGAGCCAGCCUCUGCCAGGCAAGCAGCUCUUCAGAUGAUAACGUGGUCACCGUCCUGUGCCGAGCAGCCAAGGCCACCUUCAACCCGGCUCACGAUGACUGCAAUGUGGUGCUGGCACCUGUUCCAGAAAGCCAGGCAGUGGUAGUCAAAGAAAUCGUGAUCAAGACAAAGCUCCUUCCCAAAGACAUAUACGAGCAGCUGAAGGACAAAUGGGAUGACCUAAAAGCGGUGGGAGUCAGUCACAUGCAGCUGGGGGACCAGGGACCACCAGAAGAGACUGAGGACCGCUUCAGCAUGCCCCUCAUCAUCACCAUUGUCUGCAUGGCAUCCUUCCUGCUCCUGGUUGCGGCCCUCUAUGGCUGCUGCCACCAGCGCCUCUCCCAGAGGAAGGACCAGCAGCGACUAACCGAGGAGCUGCAGACUGUGGAGAACGGUUACCAUGACAACCCAACACUGGAAGUGAUGGAGACCUCUUCUGAGAUGCAAGAGAAGAAGGUGGUCAAUCUUAAUGGGGAGCUGGGGGACAGCUGGAUCGUCCCUCUGGACAACCUGACCAAGGAUGACCUAGAGGAGGAGGAGGACACACACCUCUAACAGGCCUGCUGGCGGCCUCCAGCAGCACCGAGCUCCGGACUGACCACCCGAAGUGCCAUUUGGACAGGGGAAAGGACAGAUGGGUGAGGAGAGUGGACUCUGAAGGUUGCCUCCUCCCCAUCCUCCGGGGCCUUAACUUUUCCAUUUUCAAGCUGAACAAGUCACAUUCUGUCUAGAUUCUUCUUGUAAAAUAACCCACUAGUGCCUGAGCUCCGUGCUGCUGGGAGAUGAGAAGGGAAACCAGGAAAGGGCCCCCAUGAGAGACAGUAGAGACAUCUUGUACAAUCCCUUCAUUUCACAGGUGAGAUUACUGAGACCUGAAGAGGGGACAGGACCUGUCCAAGGUCACAGAGCCACUUGGUGACAGGAUGAAAACAAAGAUUGCAUUUGCACCAUGCCACAUGGCUGUGUUCACUUGUGCCCUCUCCAGUGCUGCCCCAGACUGGCGUGAACUCCAGCGGGUGAAAAGGCUGAAAGGGAGCAGGGCAGGGUUCCUGCACUGGGGGUCCUCAUUACUUGAAAGCACAAGCCCCAGGUUCUGUCCAUCUCCCACCUGGCCUCACCUGCCCCUUAUUCCUCUCCUCCCAUCCCCUCACUCAAUUUUUAUUCCCAUUCCAUCCUAGGGCCCUGGGGACUAGCACAGGUGGUGACCUUGAACUCCUCUCAUCUGCUUAGUGAGAUUGGGCCUUGACCAGCAGGAGAUUCCCGUGGUGAGCCAGGCCUCAGUGGAAGGAGGGGGAAGCUCUCCAUCCCAGGCUGGCAUCCUGCCAGCAACUGACUUGGGGGCGCACCCACACUGGCCCAUCACCCCAGGCACUCCUUGCAGGAGCAUCCCAAGAUCUCCUUUGGCUUUCUGUUACCACUGGGACUAAACGCUGCGGCAGCUAGUGAGAGCAAGUGACCUUGUUCACGGCUCACACUGACGGGAAGUAGCUGUGGGGGACCUUCUCUGUGGCCCCGGUCAGAGGUGUCUUCACAGACAAUCCACUGAGACGUCCAGGAAGCACAGGCUUGACUCUAUCACAGGGACACUCAGGGGCUUGUCAAGUUGCUGAUGAGUUGUGUAGUUUCGUUUGUUUUUUAAUCUAGCCCUCCACUGCCAAAGGCCAAAGCUCAAAUUGUCUGAGACUUUCAGUUGCCUAAAUCUCACUGUUCUUACUGUCCUGUGCCUGUGCCAUGGGCAAAGAGAGGCCCAGAAUGUGCAGUACAUUUUAAGUGCAUAAGGGGCAGCCUGGGGACAAUUUCCAGUAACUUGUUACUGUCAUGGCAUUGAGCUAGGCCCAGCUAGGCCUUGCUGUUUCCUCUCCUCCAGUCCGACUGGGGCUGCUGCAGUUCUGCAGCUCUGCUGGCUUCUCAGGGAAACACAAAGCCAUGUCUGUUCCCCAGUAGAGGGUUCAUACAGGCUGCAGUUAGCUGCCAUAUAUAGAAGGCUCCUGAGGACUGGUGUGGUAAGCUUUAAUUGGAUUUUCCGAAAAAGGGAAUCAUGUGUGGAAAUCUGAACUUUGGCCAUGGUCUCCACUGUGCUUGGGCAUGAAUUCCCUGGAAUCCAACUAGGAAGAUGGGCAGAAUUACUUCAAGGGUAAUUAUCUUUUCAGCGUAAAAAGCCCCAACUCCAGAGUCCUAGAGGCAGGCGCAGGCUGUAACAUUUCUGAUAAAAUAGGCUAUCUGCUUUGGGACAGCUUGUUUGAAAAACAGGUGGUCUGGCGAGCACAUCCAAUUCCUCUCUAUAGCCAUGGCCACUUGAUGUCCUGGGGAAGGAAAGCCAAGGCUUUAAGCCUUCAAGCAGGGCCCAGAUAAUGUCCCCAGAGUCAAACAGAUGCGAGGCCAGCAAGGGUCCGGCAGCAUCUGCCCGAUUCUCUAGGAUUUGGAGGUUGGGCGGGAUGGAGGACAGUGCUGGUCUGGGGGAAGUGAAGAAACCUGGCUGCACAGGGGAGGUCUGCUCCUCCCUGCCCAACACUGAGUGCCCUGUCCCACCUUGUGGGCUUCUGUCGUGGGAGAGGCCAGGCUGGAUUAGUUCUCUUUUGCUGAUUCUGAGUCGCAUUUCACCACCUAGGGCUUUUGACAAAGAUGGCAAAUAUGUCUCUGCAAAUUGAUCAAAGGCUGAACCCCAAGUCUCUUACAGGGUGGUGGUGACUCCCAGGACUAGAGAGCUGGAUAUGCCCAGGCGGGAAGAGUGACUGGCUCUGUCCAAGGAGAACUGGAUAAGCCUUGGGCCAAUUCAGAGGCUUCUUUUUACGGAUCCGAACUGUGCUGCUCUAGCCUUUCAGGACACCUUCAGAAAGAAUCAAUACCUUGCUUGCUUUUGCCACUAGGACACCUAUGUCAACAGGCCACAGGGCCAUGCCUCUGUAAAGGUCAUCAUCUUCCCCCAUCUUUACGGGGUUCUAAAUGCUGUCUGAUAAUUCAAAUUAUCUGGGGCCAAGAAAAGAUAAGAGGAACCCCAGGAGCUCAGCACCACUUUAAACAAGUUGUACCAAAGAGAGGUUAUGAACUAUUUUAGCAGCCAAUUAUGGUUUCCCCAAGCUGCACAGAGGGCAGGACUGUGAAUCUGACAAGUGGGCAAAACCAAGUGCAGAACUUGCCGCCUCGUGGGUGGGGAGAGGAGCAGCAGUGCCUGUGAAGGAGGUACAGAAUAUCCUCUGCAUCCUAAGGCAGAAUACGGGUUUAAUCUAGUUUAGACACCAGAUUUCUCUCCCUCUUGAUAAGGAAAGCUAGCAAAAAGUUUAUUUAAACCACCUCUUAAGCUUUAUCUUUUUUGACAAUAUACUGGAGAAACUUGGAAGAACAAGUUCAAACUGAUACGUAUAUACAUAUUUUUUGAUGAUGUAAAUACAAGGGCCAUAUGUUAAUCCACCUGCACUGCUUUGAGUGAACAAAAGAUGUGUUAGGUAAGAGAGAUGGCUAAGCUUUUUUCUCUGAACAGGAAUGUAAAUAUCUUAGUAGAAAUGACAAGUUCGAUUUUUUUUUUUUUUAAAUGAAAAAUGACAUACAACAAGACAAGCUUAAGAGAAAGUUUUGUCUUGCAGAUUGGGCUUUUUGUUUCAAAAUAUAGCCCUUACCUCCUCCCCAGCAUAGCAGCCCCAUCAGAGUAAAUGCUGCAGUGGGUACACACAGGUUGGAAGGUGACACUGGUUAUCGGGAGAGGGAUUAAUACAGCUAGUCCAAUCUUUUCCUAUCAAAAAAAGAAAAAUCUGAAACCCAGAAAACAAAAUGAUUUGGCCCAAACCACAUGGUUCAUGACAAAACCAGUAUUAUUAUUAUAUACCUAGGUCUGCCAGUGCUUAGGUGCCUCAGAAGGAAUCAGUGAAUUAAGGACUGCUACUCAGAGGCACUGGAAUGACACAGAGGACACAAUCCUCUUCCCAAACCUUUCCCGAGUAAGGCUAGGGAGGGUACGAAAACAAAAGUGGAAUCUCAUAUUUCCUCAUAGUUGGUUCAGGUCUAAGAUGCAAAUGAACAGUUCUACCAAGAAACAGUUUCGAAUGAACUUUUAUAUACAUGACUUCCAUGCGCAGGACUAAAGGCCUAAGGGAACAGAUGGGGAGGCAGAGGGCAAGAGUGAAGCAUAGCCUAGCUUUUGUCUUUGUCACUAGCGGAUUCCUUGGGGUCUGCUGAAAACCCAACACUGAGUGAAAGGAGGAAAUUAUUGUUGGAUGUGGGUCUUUUUGUUAUUAGUGAAUGUCAAACACUGCCCAGAAAACUGGGGGAGCAUGUGUUUUAGAGGACAGGGGUCUGAAGUACACUGGAAUUUACUGAGAAACUUGUUUGUAAAGACUAUAGUUAAUUAUUGCAUUUUCUUACAAAACUAUAUUUUGGGAAAUUGUAUACUGUCGAUUAAAGUGUUUUUGUGUAAA